AUGGCGCCGGAGCCGGAGGACGACAUCAUGGCGGAGAAGAACCCGCGCCCCCUCGACGAGGACGACAUCGCCCUCCUUAAGACCUACGGGCUUGGGCCAUACUCCACGAGCAUCAAGACGGCCGAGAAGGAGAUCAAGGAGUUGGCCAAGAGGAUCAAUGACCUAUGUGGGAUAAAGGAGUCUGAUACUGGGCUGGCUCCACCUAGCCAGUGGGAUCUGGUGUCAGACAAACAGAUGAUGCAGGAAGAGCAGCCUUUACAAGUAGCAAGGUGCACCAAGAUUAUAAACCCUAAUACCGACGAUGCCAAGUACAUGAUUAAUGUAAAACAAAUUGCAAAGUUUGUGGUUGGAUUGGGGGAUAAAGUUUCGCCAACUGAUAUCGAGGAAGGGAUGAGAGUCGGUGUCGAUCGGAACAAGUAUCAGAUACAGAUUCCAUUGCCACCAAAGAUUGAUCCCAGCGUCACCAUGAUGACUGUUGAGGAAAAACCAGAUGUCACGUAUAAUGAUGUUGGCGGGUGCAAGGAGCAGAUUGAAAAAAUGCGUGAGGUAGUCGAGCUCCCCAUGCUUCACCCGGAAAAGUUUGUGAAGCUUGGUAUCGAUCCUCCUAAAGGUGUUCUUUGCUACGGCCCUCCUGGCACUGGCAAGACUCUUCUUGCUAGAGCUGUUGCCAAUCGCACGGAUGCUUGUUUUAUCCGUGUGAUUGGAAGUGAAUUGGUCCAAAAGUAUGUUGGUGAGGGUGCUAGGAUGGUUAGGGAGUUAUUUCAGAUGGCCCGCUCGAAAAAAGCAUGCAUCAUAUUUUUUGAUGAAGUUGACGCCAUUGGUGGCGCUCGCUUUGAUGAUGGAGCUGGGGGUGAUAAUGAGGUACAGCGUACUAUGCUUGAAAUCGUCAAUCAGCUUGACGGUUUUGAUGCUAGGGGCAAUAUCAAGGUUCUCAUGGCCACCAACAGGCCUGAUACACUUGAUCCUGCACUUCUGCGUCCUGGUCGUUUGGACAGAAAGGUGGAAUUUGGGCUACCUGACUUGGAAGGCCGUACCCAGAUAUUCAAAAUACAUACGCGCACCAUGAACUGUGAGCGUGAUAUACGCUUCGAGCUACUGGCGCGACUCUGCCCCAACGCCACUGGCGCCGACAUCAGGAGUGUCUGCACAGAAGCUGGCAUGUACGCCAUCCGCGCCCGCAGGAAGACUGUGACUGAGAAGGAUUUCCUCGACUCGGUCAACAAGGUCAUCAAGGGGUACCAGAAAUUCAGCGCAACCCCGAAAUACAUGGUGUACAAUUGA